AAUUUCAUUAUCCUCUACAUCAGGUCCACCGAUAACAUGGAACCCAUAAAUCAGACAGAGGUCUCAGAAUUCUUUCUUUUGAAGCUGACAGAUGACCCCACACUGCAGCUCCUUCUCUUCGGCCUCUUCCUGUCUAUCUACCUGGUCACCGUCUUGGGAAACCUGCUCAUCAUCCUGGCAGUCAGCUCUGACUCCCACCUGCACACCCCCAUGUUCUUCUUCCUCUCCAACCUGGCCUUUACUGACAUCUGGAUGAGCACAACCACGAUCCCAAAGAUGCUGGUGAACAUCCAGACACAGAACCAGAGCAUCACCUACACGGGCUGCCUCACCCAGCUCUACUUUGUCCUGUUUUUUGCAGCCUUGGAAAACUUCCUUCUGACAGUAAUGGCCUAUGACCGCUACGUGGCCAUCUGUCACCCCCUGAGGUACAUGGUCAUCAUGAACCCCCAGCUCUGUGCUCUGCUGAGCCUAGUCUCUCUGUUCCUUAGCUGUGUGAUUGCCCUCCUGCACUGUCUGAUGGUGCUGAGACUGUCCUUCUGCACGGACCUGGAGAUCUCUCUCUUCUUUUGUGAUCUUGGUCAAAUCAUCAAAAUUGCCUGUUCUGACACCCUUAUCAAUAAUAUUGAGAUAAAUUUUGUGGCCUUCCUAUUUGCUACUGUUUGUGUUUCUGGGAUCGUUGUUUCUUAUACCCAAAUAGUCUUCUCUGUUUUGAAAAUACCAUCAGCAGGAGGAAAGUAUAAAGCUUUUUCCACCUGCGGGUCUCACCUCUCAGUGGUGUCCUUAUUCUAUGGGUCAGGUUUUGGGGCGUACUUUAGUUCUUUGGUUUCUGACUCUCCCAGGAUGACUGCCUUGGCCUCAAUGAUGUACAUGAUGGUCCCCCAAAUGGUGAACCCCUUCAUCUACAGCCUGAGGAACAGGGACAUGAAGGAAGCCUUGAGGAAACUUGUUGAGAGGAAAAUUUUUCUCCUGUGA